UAUCACUCAUCGAAGAUAACGUUAUGACAAAGCUUGACUGAAUCGUCCUCUGCGAUCCGCCAACACUCCAAUUCCAACUGUUGCGACGAUUUUUUUCCUCCUGGAAGAUAAGAUAACUUCUAAAAAUAUUCAGAAAAGAAUAAGAACACUUGACGGUUCUUAUUAACAGAUCAUGGCAGGUGUUUAUCCCAGUCUCCACGACAAGUUCAGGAGUGAGAAUGUCUGUCCAAUCUGCAUGAUGGAGAUGACGGGCACGCCCAAGUAUUCGUGUGCACAGCACCAUAUUCUGUGUCACCGAUGCAAGCCGUAUUAUCACUCGUGCCCAACUUGCCGAUCUCCAUUGGGCCCAGAAAUUCCACCACGAGAGGUUGACGGGGGGUACCAUAUGCCACCGGCUGGACAAUACAUGCCACACCCAUACCCACCUUGUCCUUCUGGUCCUGCCGCAAGUGCACCGUUCUUGGACAACGAAAGACACUAUCCUCCAGUGCCCACCGAAGACCAAGAACUCCGCGCCUGUCAAUACAAGUACUUGGGCUGCUAUGUCCAGGUCCCAGAGCAUCUCCGUUCGAUCCACGAGACGAGAUGCCAAUUUCGCCCAAAUUUGGAGCGUGAACAUUUACCAACAGACCUCAAUGUAGACGAGUCAACCCUGGAGGAUUGCAGAUACCACAUUGCCGGAUGCAACGUGCGACUGCCAGUCUGGAGGAAGCUAGUCCACGAGAAACUUUGCAUCUACAAAGAUAAAAUGGAGGAAUUGGAGGGAAUCCAGGAUGGGCUGGAGCAUCUGCAUUUCGAGGAGGAUUGUUACGACCCGGAGGAGUUGGUCGAGUGCAGGUUCAGCAGAUACGGCUGUCAGGUCCAGGUGCCACGGAGGAGGAAGCGCAUACACGAGGAGAAGUGCAAUCACGGAAGAGGUCACGAAGAAUCGGACGAGGAAGGGUGCAUUCAAAUUUGUGAACCUGUUUAUGAUCCGGAUGAGAAAUUGCCUUGCCGUUGGGCCGAAUUCGGCUGCCAAGUGGAGAUGCCACGGAGGAGGAAGCACAUACACGAGGAGAAGUGCAACUACGGAAAACAUCACGAAGAAUCGGACGAGGAAGGGUACAUUCAAAUUUGUAAACCUGUUUAUGAUCCGGAUGAGAAAUUGCCUUGUCGUUGGGCCGAAUUCGGCUGCCAAGUGGAGCCGAGAAGGUCCAGGAAGGAAACUCACGAGGAGAAGUGUAACUACAGGAGGGAACACUGCAGAUUCGAACAUUAUGGCUGCUACGAGAUGAUAGAGCCUGCGAGGAAAUUUGCGCAUGAGAGGGACUGUCGAUAUGCUUCAUAAAAUUAUGAAAUGUUCAUCUUUAAUCGCGCUUUUGUCGCCGGAUGAUGGACAGAGCUUAAUCGAGCUUUUUUCGAAAUAUAUAUAACAGGAAGAAUAAAGUGAAUAAUUGAGGUGAUGUAUGGAGAUUCAAAUAGUUUCAUGUUUAGUUUAUAGAAAAAUGAAAUGAUUGUAUCAUAUUAUAGUUGAGCAGUUUUCCUUUCUUUGUCUUCCUUAGUAUGUUAUUAUGUAAUAUGGUAAAUGUGAAAUGAAAAUUGUUAUAAAU